AUGUCGCCUGCAUCAACGCCUCCGCGUCGCCAUAGGUCUGCUGUGGCAUGUCAAUCAUGUCGAGCGCGAAAGGUGCGAUGCAGUGUCCUACUUACAGGAGUACCAUGCGUCACAUGCGCACAAGAUCAAGUUCAAUGUGUUGUCAUAGGCAGGAAGCGAAAGAGGCAAGCGGCCCGGACAGAUGAUUCACAUGCAGUUCGCGAUGCUGCAGGAAAAACUACAUCAAUUUCUUUGGGUGAUCGCUCGGGUAUACUGGACAAUGACCGAGAAAACAGCAGUCCUGCAGAACCUCCUAUAACUGCUUCAACUCCCUCCUAUGGGUCAGUGAUUUCAGACAGGUUGCCUACAGAAGAAGACAGUACAGAGCUGGGGGACGAAGCACGAAUCCUGCCGAAUGAGAAUAAGAGCGACACGAGCAAUGCACCUGAGGAAAGAGUUGGUAUCGAAAUUGCGGAAGCCCAACUUUGUGCUUCGCAGAGACAAGGUCAAGUUUUAUUCUACUCAGGCGAUCAAACUGGACCAACGUCCACUAUAAAUCUGUGUUCCCCUGAGCAGUCUUUACCCAGGCAUUUCCUGAUUCCCUCCAAGGCACAAGAGCCUCAAGGAAGCGAAGAUAAAAGAUACCUCGAAUUCAAAGGCGUUUACUCGUUCCCAAAGCAAUCGACAGCCGAUGAUCUCCUCCGCGCCUACUUCCAUCAUGUUCACCCCAUCAUGCCAAUUGUGGAAGCUGACAUUAUUCUCGACUAUCAUCGACGAAGACGACUUUAUGAUUAUAAUGUGCUAUUACUUUGGAGUAUUUUCACCAUCGCCACAAAUAUACUUGGCCUCCAUCGAAACCUGGAUUCUGUUAAGAAUACUUCAUCUAUCGAUAUCCGUCAGCAAUGUUUAUGGCGUCGUCUUUGGUGGACCAGCUUCUUUCGGGAACGAUGGUUGGCGUUGACGCUCGGCAGGCCAUUGCGGAUCAAUCUGGACGACUGUGAUGUAGCCGAUCCCACUCCAGACGAUAUGUUCAUUGACAUCGCAGAUGUUGAUGAAUCCAUGGCCUCUGCCUUUCUGCCCGACGACAUGGCCCUUCUAGCAGGAUACUGGGUUCAAAUUAUCGAGCUAAGCCAGAUGCGAUUGAAAGUUAACUUGGCUGCUUCAAAAGUCGGCGAUAUGGCCUAUGUCCUUGCGCAAGACAGUUUUAUACAUUAUGCUGGGCCCAUGGUGCCUACCAUCAUGGUUCCGGCAAUGCAAAUCUACUUGCUUAACUGCAAAUUUGGCGAUUCUUUCUUGAAACGUUUGAAUCUGAACAAAUUACAAAUGUGCAUGAUGAUAAUGGACGAGUUCCAGAAAACAUAUGCUGUCGCCUCAGUUUGUCGUGGGAUAUUUAUGAAGGCUCUUCAACGAUUCUGUUACGAUUCUAAAGAUGGUGAUGAUGUUAUCGUCCUUCCUGCAACAUCUCCUCACGUUACCUCGGCUGAAACUGUUCCUCCAACACCAAUAGUCACCCAGGUCGCUUCGAGACCUAUUUCGCCCAGUGAAGUAUAUACGAGUGAUGAAUUCAUUGAUACAUUGAUGAAAGAGGCAUCUAUUUUCACCUUUCUGGAUAUAUGGGAUGGAUCGCAGAAUCAGGCUUAA